UGCUUGCUGAUAAUCUAUUAAAAAUACUUAUGUAGAAUAUAUAAAGAGGAAGACAAAUCUGAUCGCCAUAACAAGAGUAAGAAGGAAUACAAUACAAGACGAAAUUGUGCGCUUUCAGAAGCAAAAAUGAAAGCAACGUUUGUGGCAAUAUUUGCCACACUUUUGGUGACGUUUGCUUUCGCCACCCCACCUCAAUGUCCAACUAAGGACGGAGAGGAUAUUGUCUUGUUUCCGAAUCCAGAUGACUGCUCGACCUACUAUUCCUGCAGUGCAGGCAGACUGCAGAUAAUGAAAUGUAGUGAAGGACUGGAAUAUAAUUCGGAUUUAAGAGUAUGCGAUUGGCCCAGUGAGCAUGCAGAAUGUAAACAUCACCAUUCAAGACCACCACAUUCUUCGACAGCCCGUUCUACGGUGACAUCUCGUCCUUCACGACCAACUGGAUCUGGCGAAUACAGUCCGUCACAACGAUCUCUUUCUACUGAUGAACCAUUCCGACCAACUCACCCUACUAAACAAACCCACCCUUCAAGACCAACUACUGAACCAUCCCGUCCUCCAAAACCACCUCACCCUACUAGACCAUCCCAUCCUCCAAGACCACCUCAUCCUACUAAACCAUCCCAUCCUUCAAGACCAACUGAUUCUACUGAACCAUCCCGUCCUCCAAGACCACCUCACCCUACUAGACCAUCUCAUCCUCCAAGACCAACUCCAUCUGUCAGUCCAAGGCCAUCUCGUCGACCAAAUCCGGAUUUUCCUCCACACCGCCCAGGCAAUAAACCACACGACCGACCCCUUCCUCCACACCACCCACCACCGUCCCGUUCCACCGCACCACCCACCCAGUCCACCACACCACCGUCCCGUUCCACCGCACCACCGUCCCGUUCCACCGCACCACCCACCCAGUCCACCACACCACCGUCCCGUUCCACCGCACCACCGUCCCGUUCCACCGCACCACCCACCCAGUCCACCACACCACCGUCCCGUUCCACCGCACCACCGUCCCGUUCCACCGCACCACCCACCCAGUCCACCACACCACCGUCCCGUUCCACCGCACCACCGUCCCGUUCCACCGCACCACCCACCCAGUCCACCACACCACCGUCCCGUUCCACCGCACCACCGUCCCGUUCCACCGCACCACCCACCCAGUCCACCACACCACCGUCCCGUUCCACCGCACCACCGUCCCGUUCCACCGCACCACCCACCCAGUCCACCACACCACCGUCCCGUUCCACCGCACCACCGUCCCGUUCCACCGCACCACCCACCCAGUCCACCACACCACCGUCCCGUUCCACCGCACCACCGUCCCGUUCCACCGCACCACCCACCCAGUCCACCACACCACCGUCCCGUUCCACCGCACCACCGUCCCGUUCCACCGCACCACCCACCCAGUCCACCACACCACCGUCCCGUUCCACCGCACCACCGUCCCGUUCCACCGCACCACCCACCCAGUCCACCACACCACCGUCCCGUUCCACCGCACCACCGUCCCGUUCCACCGCACCACCCACCCAGUCCACCACACCACCGUCCCGUUCCACCGCACCACCGUCCCGUUCCACCGCACCACCCACCCGGUCCACCACACCGCCCGCAUCAUCCCCCACAACGUCCUCAUUCCCCUUUUGAUGAGCCCAUCUUUCCAAGAUACGAAGACUAACCAAUCUUAUGAUUAAAAGGAGUUGUUCAAUGUCAUUGAAAUUCUUAGUGUGUCUGACAAAAAUAACGUAUUCAAACUGUAUUCAAUAUAGUUGAACUGUAAUAAAUAUUUCUGAAUUUA